AUGGCCGCGUUUGUUGACUCUCGGCAGACGCACUUUUCUUGCCCUGCCUUCCUCUACUGCUCUCAAUACCUUCUUGGAAAACAUAAACCCUUUGAUCCGUGCUUGAGGCGGCACUUCAUAGGAUGUUCUGAAUUCCUCUAUGAAGCGGCAGCAAUGCAUGUCUCAGGUAAAUGUUUUGGUUAUGGGAGUUGUGAGUCGAGUUGUGAGUCGAGUUGUGAGUCGAGUUGUGAGUCGAGCUGUGAGUCGAGCUGUGAGUCGAGAUGUGAGUCGAGUUGUGAGUCGAGUUGUGAGUCGAGAUGUGAGUCGAAAUGUGAGUCGAGCUGUGAGUCGAGAUGUGAGUCGAGCUGUGAGUCGAGAUGUGAGUCGAGUUGUGAGUCGAGAUGUGAGUCGAGAUGUGAGUCGACAUGUGAGUCAAGUUGUAAGUCGAGAUGUGAGUCAAGUUGUGAGUCGAGUUGUGAGUCUAAUUGUUUGUCGAGUUGUGAGUCGAGCUGUGAGUCGAGCUGUGAGUCGAGCUGUGAGUCGAGAUGUGAGUCGAGUUGUGAGUCGAGUUGUGAGUCGAGCUGUGAGUCGAGCUGUGAGUCGACAUGUGAGUCAAAUU